CAAGGAGUAUGCGGAAAGUUUGUAGCGCUCAACUUGCUGUGAGGCUUAUGUUCUAUGCCCUGACGCGUACUUACUGCUGAUGACAAAAGGCAACACCAAAGCAACUUCACAACUCAGUCAUUGAUAAUAACCCUUCGAGGACUACCUUUCCUACUGGUGAAGGGCCAUAACCUUUCACAAUUACGACUAUGGCUCUAAGAAUUGUUUAUUGCUAAGUAGCUUUUCUCCAACCUCGAAUGGUCCUCAUGCCUGCAUGAGGUGCGCUGGUAGUAUUCCCUACAAGGCCUGCUUCUGGCCUUUGCUUCUAUCAGCACAGGAGCGGGCGUCUUCCCGUAUCCUUGGGCCAGAUGUCUGCCCUUCAGCCAUCUCCACCGGUCGGGCGACCAACUUCGGCAGUUAAGGGAGGCAGUGUUGGCAAGGAUCGCGCUGUCGGGAGCAUCAGCAUGCCCAUCACUGCUCGGAAAACGAACAAUGACCUCGAGUUCAAUCUUGGCACCAGUAAGGCCCGUGUCAUGAAGAUGUUGGACGACCGCACGCCCAUGCCCUUUAAAAAGUUCUUCUCGGGGCCGCUGUACGAUAGCCUUCUCAACGCCUGCCUGCUGUACUUUACGUCGCGCUUCAUGCAUGACUGGAUUGUCAAGGCCAUGGAUAAGGCCCGCAAGCAGCACAUGGACGGCUACAACCCCUACCAGGUGGCAGCGCGACUGCAGGAGCUGGAGGAGGAGAUGGAAGCCCAGCGGCUGGAGCUGAGCCCCAUCUACUCCCAGAUCAUCCUCAAGUACAGCACGUACGACAAGCCGCAGCAGGACCGCAUGUUCUUCGAAUGCCUGUAUGAGACGCUGGUCAACAUCCUGUGCGACGCCUUUUGCUCGCCCAAGAUGACUGGACAGAUGCCAACCGGUCCCACGCCGGCAGGACCUGCUGCGCCGCCGGCUGCGGCAGCAGCAGCCGCGGCAGCGGCAGCGGCGGCAGCCGCCGCUGCGGCGGCGGCCGGUGCCAGCGGCAGCGACGGCGGCUCAGGCAACGGCGCAGCUGAGCUGGCUGCCAGCCGGCGUGCCGAGAUCGAGGGCGAGAUCGGGGCGCUGUUCAGGUCGCGGCACUUCAACGCCAACCAGCGGAGAUACGACCCGCCCAGGUCCGUAGACACCCUGGGGGUGAAGGAGCUGUACUCGCUCAAACACGAGACCUCCAAUCGCGCCCUCAACGCCAAAAUGCUCUCCUCCCUGUACGCCAAGCCGCCCAGUCUGUCCGUACAGGUUGCCUCCGUCACCAACAGCCCCCUCAUAGCGCAGUACAUCUCCUCGCCCAUCGUGGCGCGAGCCAAAGUGAAGGACCCGCUAGAACGGAAGAACAUGUUCGCACACCUAGCCCGAGGAGACAGGAGACCCCACACCUCUCCAACCAUCCACUCAUCCAUCCCUGCGCUGCAGAUGAGUCCGCGAACCCGCCUGAGCAGGGCCUUCCGAAGCAUCGCUGCGGCCAGCGGAGUGGACGUGCCCAGCUUAAAGGAUAAUCUCCUUAACAUGCGGACCGACGCCCAAGGCGCCGAGUCCGUAGGGCUCCUGCCCAUUGAGCGAUCCUACCGCGAGCGCCGUGCCAUGCCGCGCGGCGUGCUGGCACCCGAAUCCAUAGGCCUAGCAGCCGAUGAGCAAUUCAACUGUCUGGCACUGCUUAAGCGCUACAUACUGUACGGACCGUUGCUCGGUUUUACCGCCAACAACGGCGCCUCCCCGCAGCCGGGGACGCUGUCUCAGGCGCAGUCGCAGCAGCAGUUGGGGGCGGCGCUGGGCUCGGGGAAUGUGUCGCUUUCGGGCUCUGUUGCGGC